AAUGAGGAGAUUGUAGAUAGCAAUGUUCCUGAUCCAGUUGAAGAAAUCCGUCAACAACCUGGCAGGAUGCCCGGGGAUACUGUCCUCAAGAUUCUGAUGCAGAAAGUUCAGAAUCUAGACAUAAAUUUAUCUUUUUUAGAGCAGUAUAUGGAAGUCUUAAAUUCUAGAUAUGUCAAUAUUUUCAAAUUGUACAGCAAAGAUAUAGGAGAGAAAGAUUUACUUAUAAGGAUGAUCAAAGAAGACAUUAGGAGUUUCCUUCACCAGCAGGAAGUUAUGAUGAAAGAUGUUAGUGAACUUGAUUCUUGGAAGUCUCAUUUUUCUGUGCAAUUUGAUCAUAUACGCAGGGACAAUGCUAUUUUGAGGUGAGAGUUUACAAA